AUGGCUCAUAGUUUCUUGUCAAAGGAGUUCAAUGAUGAAACUGCAAGUGAAAGGAGUGGCCUUGAUCUCAGCCUUUCAGCUAUGGCUUGCUAUCGGCACCCUUAUUUGCCCAUAUGUGAGAGCAAUGUUGUUUCCUGGAUCCUUCCUUCUUCAGAAGAAGCCAGAGAAGCUAAGAGGAUCAAACGAUCCUCAAGUCUGGUUGAAUCCGUAAGAAGUAAUAGUAGCAACCUUUAUAGUGGUGGAAACAGCAUUUGCCGCACCAGUAGCACUAAUAGCUUCAAUAGCAUUCCUAAGCUUCAUUUCAGAGAUCAUAUAUGGACUUAUACGCAAAGAUAUCUUGCAGCUGAGGCUAUCGAAGAGGCAGCAGCAGCCAUGAUCAAUGCUGAGGAAGGUGGAAAUGAAGAAGAAGGGAAUGCUGAUGGAAUGAGACUUGUUCAGCUUCUAAUUGCUUGUGCUGAGGCUGUGGCUUGUCGUGACAAGUCACAUGCCUCAGCCUUAUUAUCUGAGCUCCGAUCGAAUGCUUUGGUCUUUGGCUCUUCUUUCCAACGCGUGGCAUCUUGCUUCGUCCAAGGCCUCACCGACAGGCUCUCUCUGGUUCAACCACUAGGGGCUGUUGGUCUUGUUGCACCCACGAUGAACAUAAUGGACGUUGCCUCAGAUAAGAAGGAAGAAGCUUUACGCCUUGUUUAUGAAAUUUGCCCACAUAUUCGGUUCGGUCACUUUGUUGCCAAUAAUGCCAUUUUGGAAGCCUUUGAGGGAGAGAGUUUUGUUCAUGUGGUGGACCUAGGAAUGACACUUGGAUUAUCACAAGGUCACCAAUGGCGCCGGCUUAUCCAAAGCCUCGCCGAACGUGCUGGAAAAGCACCCAGCCGUCUUCGAAUUACUGGUGUUGGACUCUGUGUUGAUAGAUUCGGAAUCAUCGGUGAUGGACUGGAGGAAUAUGCAAAAGACAUGGGAAUCAAUUUGGAGUUCUCAGUGGUGGAAAGCAACUUGGAAAACUUAAGGCCUGAAAACAUCAAAACCAACGAAGGUGAAGUCCUAGUCGUCAACAGCAUUCUUCAACUCCAUUGCGUGGUUAAAGAAAGUAGGGGAGCUCUGAAUUCAGUCUUGCGGAUUAUUCAUGAGCUCUCACCAAAGGUUCUUGUUCUAGUUGAACAAGAUUCAAGCCACAAUGGUCCAUUCUUUCUGGGAAGAUUCAUGGAAGCACUGCAUUACUAUUCCGCAAUUUUUGACUCCUUGGAUGCUAUGCUGCCCAAGUAUGACACCAGACGUGCCAAGAUGGAGCAGUUUUAUUUCGCAGAAGAGAUAAAGAACAUUGUGAGCUGUGAGGGGCCAGCAAGGGUAGAGCGGCAUGAGAGGGUGGAUCAGUGGCGUAGGAGGAUGAGCCGUGCAGGAUUUCAGGCUGCCCCCACUAAGAUGAUGGCUCAGGCAAAGCAAUGGCUGGUGAAGAAUAAGGUUUGUGAUGGUUACACGGUUGUUGAAGAAAAGGGGUGCUUGGUUCUUGGCUGGAAAUCAAAACCCAUAAUUGCAGCUUCUUGCUGGAAAUGCUAA